AUGUCGAUUGCCAGUCAGUUGGUCAACGGCUACUCCUCCUUCCUCCUCAAUGCCACCACCCACAACCCAUUCCACUUAGCAUCAAGACUUCUAUCCACCUCUGCUGCCAGGCUCUCCCAACCGAGCCCCGCUGACUUAGCAGUGGUCAAACUUCAUGUUACCCGGCAACGCCCUAGUUGGACCGUCCCUUGGCAGAGCACUCCUGUUGAGGCCUCCAGUGGCUCAGGGUGCCUCCUAUCCCUACCUGAGUCCGUGGACUCAUCCUGGCAUGGUCGUAAUUUCAUCCUCACUGCUGCCCAUGUGGUAGCGGACAGCAUCUACUUGACGGUUCAGCGGAAUACGGACUACUUCGAGCCCAGUAAAUAUUCAGCAGUUGUGAAGGCAGUUUGCCACGACUCCGAUCUAGCGUUGGUGGAAGUGACUGAUGAAAAGGAUGGCUUUAGACUCGGUACUCAAUUCAGGCUCCCCCAAUGUGAAUAUAAGCGUCUCUUAGGAGGGACCUCGGCAGGGAGCCCCCCAGUGGAAAUGAGGCCGCUCGAGUUAGCCAAAUGGGACGUCCUACCUGAGCUCCGAGACACCGUGCAGGUCGUAGGGUACCCUGUGGGGGGAGACAAGUUAUCAGUGACCAGUGGUGUUGUAUCCCGAUGUGAGGUAGUGGAGUACUCUCAUAGCGCCCGACCGGCCCUGGGCAUUACUGUCGAUGCUGCUGUUAACGCUGGCAAUUCUGGUGGACCAGUGAUGUGCCCUAAUUCGGAUAAGAUCAUUGGAGUAGCCUUCCAGAAGUAUGUCUCCCGUGGUGUAGAGAAUCAAGGCCAUGCCGUUCCAAGCUACCUUAUCUGGCGGUUCAUCAACAGAGUUGCUACUGCUACCUCGGAUGGUGGUCAGACCUCCUCCUCCUCCUCCUCCUCCUCCUCCUUGGAUCUCCCUUGUCUAGGGGUGACCUGUCAACCAGUGGAAAACGAACAGUUCAAGACAUGGCUAGGGAUGAGGGGAGGUGACGGUAUGGAGUAUAAGGGGGUGAUGGUAUCGUGGUCUAUCAACCCCUCGUUGAGGAAGUAUGAUGUUAUCACUGCUAUCAACGGGACACCUUUGGAUAGCUUUGGUCAUGUGUGGUACCUCGGGAGGAGGCUCUAUAUGACGGCACUGCUGGACAGCUACUAUGUGGGGGACGUAGUGGAGUUGACGGUGUUGUCAAGGGGGCCUGAGGAGGGGCAGGCAAGGGUGGAGGAGAGGAGGAGGAGGGUUCAGCUCAUGUCACCUGAGGAUUGCUUCUUGGUCCCUCGAGGGCAGAUGUACGAUGUUAAGGCACCUCCUUAUUUUAUAGCAGGAGGUAUGGUGUUCCAACCACUCAGCGUCGACUACCUCAGAGGGUGGGCAUCAGAUAGGGAUAGGCCUACACAUCUACAGCAUAUGGUCAAUACUGGGAGGAAGAGUCGGACUGGUGAAGGGCGGCAGGAGGAAUGUGUGGUGUUAACACAAGUCCUCGCUGAUGAAUGCAACUCUGGUUAUGGCAGUGGCUGGGUCGGCGGACCGAUAGUGCAAAAGGUCAACAAUGAGAAGAUAUGCUGUCUAGCACAUCUUGAGAAGAUAUUCGACUCUGUCGUUUAUUCAUCCGAAUCAUCAUCGGCCUACGUGGUGGUGGAGUUGCUAUGCUAUGAUGGUCCUUUUACGAUGGUGCUUGCCACGGAGGAGCUCCGGCAAGGGGAUGGGCGUAUUCAGCAACGUUAUGGCUUGGCUAAGUUGAGGAGUGAUGGCAAUAGACUCAGGUUGGUAAUGGCUAAGCAUCCGAGGUCCAAGCACAGAAGAUUCAAAACAGGUCCGAAACGUACCACCAAGAGUACUGAUGAACCUGUUACGCGUAAAUUCGGGGAGAUAGUCACUGAAGGGGUUGAGCGAUGGGAGGACUUCUAUCGGGCUUGUGGCUUGCAGCUGGACAAUGGUGAUGAGGAGUGGAGGGAUCUCAUUAACCAUCUUAGAGCUCCUCUGCCGAUAUCCUUCCGAGUGCGGAAAGAUGCUGACUGCAGUCCACCGAGGAGUAUAUUUCAAGAUGUGACGUUGUCGAGGAAUGGAAGGUGGAUACCACGCGCCCGACAAUUCAAGUGGUGUUCGGGGUACCAAUUGGGAUGUGAUCCUAAGACAGCGAAGGAGGCCUAUCCGGAGUUGGACGAGUGGUUGAGGGCCCAUCAUGGGGGUAUCGGAGGAGGGGCAAGGCGGCAGGAGGUGGCCUCGAUGGUACCAGUGUCGGUCCUGGGGAUCGAACCUGCGCAUGAGGUGUUGGAUAUGUGUGCUGCCCCUGGGAGUAAGACCCUGCAGGCCCUUGACGUUGUAGAGAAGGGUAGGGGCAUGGUGGUCGCUAAUGAGUUGGACACGAGGAGGGCUCAUAUACUGUGUGGGAGGGUUGGGGCCUCUGAGGGCUUUAUGGUCAUCAAUCAUAAAGCACAGUUGAUACCAAAUAAUCAUCAAUUCGAUCGAGUCAUCUGUGAUGUGCCUUGUUCGGGUGAUGGGACCUUCCGGAAGUACCCGGUAAAGUGGAAACAUUGGGAUCCCUCAUUGGGAAGGAGGCUACAUCAUACGCAGAUACAGAUAGCCUUGCGGGCCUUCGCCUUGCUUAAGGUGGGUGGUCGUAUGUCGUACUCGACUUGCAGUGUUAAUCCUCUCGAGAACGAGGCUGUUGUCCAAGCCGUCCUGAAGGCCGUGUCGCCCCACGGCCGGCUGGUCCGCGUGGAGCUGCCGGGCUUCCGCACCUAUCCGGGUCUCAACCAUUGGCAGGUGGUGGAGGAGGUGGAGGACUCACAUGAAGUAUACCACUGUGAGGCUAUAUCUGAGGGGGAUGUGAGGAAGGAGUGGUAUCGGCCCAGCAUGUGGCCGUCGGGGUCUUUUGACUUGUCUCCGUGUUUGAGAGUGUACCCUCAUCUCAACAACACCGGUGGCUUCUUCACGGCGGUUAUCGAGAAGACUGGGGAACCGUGGGAUGGCGGUGGCCGGCCUGUUAACACGGAUGGAAUUUCGUGGCGCGCGACGGGGAAGGAGCCGUUGAAAGUGCGAAAGUCUCUGUCGAAAUUGGCUGAUCAUCGUUUAUAUAACAUCAUCCGGGUCGGCAAGAAGAAGGCCAAGACUGGCUCACCGUAAGCAACU